CCGAGGCCCUCGACACCCAAAUAGACGAUAACGAAAAAAGCGUAACAUUAUAGCAGUAUAGCACGCAUCUACAUUACGGAAUCGAUCGCGUUUGCCUGCUGCUACUGCCGCCUCAUCAGUCGUCCUGCGGUCCUGCGAGUCGAACAGCUGAUUCCCACGUGGGAACCAGCAAAAAUUUUUUUGUUUUCGUUUUUGUUGCUUGUGUAUCUCCGAACUGUUUUAUCAUUUUUUUGUCAACAUGGAAUUGAGUGACAGCCAUCUGCGCCUCGACCAGCAGAAAUUUUUAGAAGAAUCGAAGAAAGAAUUGGUGGUACCGACGACGCAUGAAGAUGAGCCCUCCGCAGCUGCUGACGGGGGUGCUCGGGCUUGGCUGGUGAUGCUCGGCUCAUUUUUUUGCAAUGGGAUUUUGUUCGGGUUGAUUAAUUCUUAUGGGAAGUUAUUUAGCAAGUUUUUUGAUAGUUUGGAGGAGCAGGGAGUGACGAACCCUUCCGGGAAAGCUGCUCUCGCAGGAUCGCUGGCAAUGGGAAUGACCUUCUUCAUAUCACCAGUAUCUGGAGUCCUCACAGACUACAUAGGCAUAAGAAAAACCACCUUCUUCGGAGGCCUAAUUGCUGCCAGUGGAAUGUUACUAUCCUCUUUCUGCACCGAUAAUGUUUUCUUAUUCUGCGUCACUUUUGGAAUAAUGUAUGGACUUGGUGGAGCCCUUGCUUAUACACCAUCUUUAGCAGUACUUGGUCACUACUUUCAUAAAUAUUUAGGAAUUGUUAAUGGAAUAGUAACAGCUGGAAGCUCAGUAUUUACAAUCACCAUGCCCUAUGUAUUAGAUGGCUUAUUAACUAAUCUUGGAUUAAAAUGGACGCUGCGAGCAUUGGCUUUGUUCGUCAGCUUGAUAAUGUUGGUGGCAAUAUUGUUUAGGCCAGUAAAAACAUCGAUAUCUAUAAAAAAAGUAUCAGUAAAAGACUUGUUUAACAUAUCAGUCUUAACGAACGUGAGAUAUAUUAUAUGGACGACUGUGAUUGGAUUGUGCCUGUUUGGCUACUUUGUGCCUUACGUCUACAUGUUCAAAUUUGUGGAUAAACAUUUUUCGCAAAGCGUAGACAGUAAUCUGCCAGUACUUUGUAUUGGUCUUACAUCAGGAGUGAGUCGUUUGGGCUUUGGAUAUUUGGUGGACCACACCAGAGUCAACAAGAUACUAUUGCAGCAGUUAGCAUUUCUGACGCUGGGGAUCCUAACUAUACUUCUGGCGUUUUCUGUCAAUUCAUUCACCUUACUUCUAAUUAUUUGCCUAGGAAUGGGUGUGACCGAUGGUUGUUUCAUUAGUUUGCUCGGACCUAUUGCUUUUGAACUUUGUGGAAGGGAUGGUGGUGCCCAAGCAAUCGGUUUUCUCCUAGGAGUCUGCAGCAUACCGCUCACUCUAGGCCCGUACGUUUGUGGGCUAAUCUACGAAUCUCAGAAGUCCUACACACUACCGUUCAUUCUGGCAGGUAUUAACCCUGUUGUAGCCUCAUUUGGUUUAAUGGCUAUUAGAUGUAUUAAAGUGAAGAGCAAUUCCGCCCAGGACUCCGAGAGGCCUCUAAAUUCCUGCGAAGCUUCAAAUGCGAAGCCAUCAGAAAAAUGCUGACCGUCUUAUGUCUACAUUAGUGCUAUAGAAGAUCUGAAACAGCCGCAUCUGUUGAAAAAACUCGAAGGUCCAGCUCAGGAAAUAUUGAGAAGCAUUUAUUAAUCAGAAAGUAGCAAAUAGAAAAAAAAGUUAAUUUGUUACAUAGAAAAGUUAGUGUUCAGUAUUACCAGUUCAUUGAGGCUUUUAUUAGAAAAGGCAGUAAGUCAGUCUCUAAGUACACUAAAGAACUAAGUAUUGGUAAAGUUCCUUUAUAAACUGAUCUUACUUGCAGAUCAGUUUGAGUUAAUCAUAUUAUAUUUAUUUUUAAAUUUCAUAAGGAUCUAAGAAAACACAAAUUAAAUUAUUUUACGUGCAAAUCUUUUUUAAUAAAAUAUGCAUGAAUCAAAAUUUAUAGAGCAUCUAUGUUGACUUCAAAAGUUUUUUUUAGUUUUUAGUUAUAUUACUAUUAAUUAUAGGUUUUUAAAAAGUAUUAAAAUUAUAAGAUGUUUUUAAACAUUUAUUUUAAUGACGUGAAUUGAACAUUAAAUAAAAUAGAAAAAUAUAUCAAUCGGUUAUAUGACACAAAAAAUUAUAAUAAAAAUAAGUAUAAUGUUUUAAUAUUUGAAAAAUCGGUUGUUACAAUGCUUGUUACAAUAUUGUUUUAUGUUUAUACAUUUUGUAUCAUUAUACUAUAAUGUUAUUUUUGCAGUGUUGAAACAUGUACAAUAUUUAUAGAUGUUAACAAAUUAAUAUGUGUACACACUUCAAAAUUAAAAAUUAAGCAUAUUUUCAUUUUUACAAUUUUGAAACCUUCAAAAAGUGUUUUUAUUUUGAUGUGUACAAAAAAAGACAGAAAUGUUACAAAAAAAUUAUUGUUAGAUGUAAGCAGUAUACAGGAUGCUAGUAUACUUUGAGCAUCUAAUAAAUAAGAUGUACGAUGCCGAUUAAAUUGACAUAAGUCAAAGGCAAUUUUGUAAAUUUUACAGUGGUGACUAUGCAAUUUAGGUAUUGUAUUUCUUACAUUAGUUCUUUCACCCCUCAUUUUUAUAGAUAAUAUUAAAUGUUCUCUUUUUUUCUCGUCCUAGCUAUUUGACGUAUGUCGAUUCAAAAGUUACAUCUGGGAAGACAAAAAGUACAGUAUAUUUAUUAAAUUUCAUAAUUAUGUGAAAAACAGUAUAUGAGAGGUGAGAAAUCAAAAUUAGAGAUUUUCUGGUGAUGGAAAUAUGAUUUUUAAAUAUGAGCAGUUUUUAAUUGCCUAGAAGAGAAACAUAAUUUUAAUUUUUAUUAAAUGGAAAUCUCGAGAAUUUGAAACACAUUAUUUUAGCAGUCCAAGGUUUUUAGACCACCCUGAAUACUUUUUAAAAUUUUAACCAUUGAAAAGACAAAUGUUCUCCUUUAGUUUGUUUGUUUAUUAUUUAAAUAAGUUUAUUAUUAUAGAAUUUCUAUUUCUAGUGCAUUUAUGCAUGUCGUUAUUAUAUGCUGUUAAAAAAUAGAAUCAAUGAAUAUUUACGAAAAAAAAAUUAAUAGAGGAGUUAAAACAAUAAUAUAGUAUAUAAAGAGAGUAAAUCUUAUGAUAAACAAUAAUAAUUUUAUAUAAAUAUUUUAAUUUAACAGUAG